CUGAUGAUCAAGACCUCUUGAAUAAUAUAAUGAGAAGAAUUGAAGUGCUAUUAGGAGAUUUAUCCAAAGCACAGAUGGAAGCACGAGAAAGGACCACUAGGGCCCAACAAAGACAAAAAGAUCGUCAUAACUGA